GAGCCGAGUGGUGCUGGCAGGAGCCUGAGCCCAACGAUAAACUCUGGCAUCAGCUUCCCUUCAUCCGGCAGUGAGCGAGGACACAGUGAGGGCGUAGGGGCAGAGGGACAGGGAUGGAGAAAGAGUGACAGAAAGAGAGGGAAGUGUGAGAGAGAGGCAGAGAGAGACAAACCAGGCCGAUAGACAAAGAGGGAGAGGCUGUCAUAAGAAUCACACAGCUCCUUUUUCACAGUAGCAGCUCAGUUGAUCUGUCUGCUGCCUCCCGAUGCAGGCGAAUGCUGAAGGGGAUGACGGGUGGUGUGUUACGGCAGCAUAGCUAUCUGAGUGAUGGUAGCCGCCGCAGCAGCAUCACAAUCCGAAGCAGGGGCUCUUCUUGCCACUCUGGCUCUUAGUCAUCUUCGGCGUCCGCUCUCCCUUCUCAGAGUGCUAUCAGGGCCAUUCAUCGUUCCCAUCUCAUGCCUCCUGCCUCCUCCUCCUCCACAGCUUCAUCCUCCACUUCUACUCCUCCUCUGAUGAGCCACAGCCUCAGAGUGAAAUAACCCUGCUAAUAGAAGCUUCUCCCUCUGUCAAGACAGUGCCAUGUGUGAUUGGCCAGCAUACCCUGUGGCAGUGGCAUCGCCCUGGAUUUGGCGAGAAGCUCUCCCCCCUGCUUGUUCUCUGGGGCUCCUUUGGGAAGCUUUCAUGGGAUUUAUCUUGUCCUGCUGGAUGGCACGGAGCUCUCUGCCUCUCUGAAAAGAGUCCACAGAGAAAACAUACAUUACACGGAUAAGAAGUAAAAUAAUUAUCCAAUCACAGCACAAGCAGGCAGACCGGGUUCCCUUAGCAACAACUGAAGGAGACGAGAGAAUCCUUUUCUCUUUCUGCUCCUUUGGUUUUUGGGCACACCCCUGUGGACAGCUGUGGGUCAGUCUUUUGAGAAAGGACUUCAAAAACAUUUUUACAUAAGACAAGCUAUCACCGAAAUUCCAGAGGAAGGUGCUCAUUUGCCUUCAAGUCAGCUUGUUACUGUGUCUCAUUGGCACAAUGAGUUUUUUGUUAUGCCUCCACAAAUUCGCAUCGCAAGUCACACUGCACUGGCUUAGAAAUCACUUCAUUUUGAUCCCACGCCACCUGGAAUGAGCCCUGCAUUUUGGGGGAGAUUUGACACUGUGUGAAAAGACCCACUUUUACAUUUCUCCCUGUCAUGGACAAGAAAUGAAGGACAACAUGAUUAGGUCAUCAACUGCAAAGAAAAUGGAUGAGAAGCAGAGUUUAUUUUGAUGUGAGUUUCUACUGAGAGUCUUUUUUUUUCCCUCAGAGGAGGUUACACCACACUUGACAGAGGAAUAAUCUCUUUUUUAAACAGGAGCUGUCCUUUCUGUCUUUUAAACAGUAGCCCUCACUAAUGGACUAUUUUUAGAAGGCAAAUCUUGGCCCGCUACCAAUAAAAUAGAACACGAUCAUUUUGAGAAUCGAGCCACUGCUGGGAGUUUUCUUUUUCUAUUUCAAAAAGGUUAUCAUGAACCCUUUUCCUGUUUUCACUUUUGUAUGUUAGCCUGCCAUUAUGCCACUGUGUUUUACAUGUAAAAAAGAGUGUUCAGGACAAAUGGAAGAAAGAAAAAGUCUUUUCCCUGUAUAGACAGGCAUUUUAAAUAGCAUCUCCUUGAGAACAAUUUCAAAUAUAUACACUGACACAUGAGAUGAGUUGGCUCAACAUGAUUAUGUAAGAGUUUCAUACCAGCUUUAGCCCAUGAAUUUUCCCUCUUCUUUUUCGAUGGAUUUACAGCAUUUGACUUUUCCCAUGCUCCUUUUCUCUUCAUUUUUGGAAGUGUCUUCAAGAAGGCAUGGAUGCCAGAGUGUGACCCUGUGCCGAGAGUGCUGGCGAGGCAAGGUGUUUUGGCUGCCGAGGUGCUUUUAAGAUGUUGAGGUCUCCCUGCGUGGCCGGGGCCCCUGUUCGGAUCAGUAGCACUGAGGCUCCUUGUAGCCAAAGACAUGGACCCCGACUCGGCUCCCCCACGCCCUCAGCCUGUUGGCCACUGGCUCCACGUCACCCUGUAAAGGAUGUCCCUCAGCAGAGCUCCGGCCCGGGACACCUCUGAGACCCCCAGCCCGAGAGAACGCAUCCGCAGCCACAUGAAGAUGGUGAUUGAUCAGCUGGAAGGAAUUCUCAAAGAGCUCAAGGAUGUGGCCAAGGAACUCCGGGAGGUGGUGGGUCAAAUCGAUAAACUAACGUCUGACUUUGACUUUGACCUGGAUCCAGAUGACUGGACCGUGGCCACAGCCAGCAGCACGUCCAGCAGUGAGCGGGGCUUGGGAGAGGCCUUCCGAUUGGACUUCCUCAAUGCAGAUGUCCUUUCUGACAGCUGGGAGUUCUGCAGUUAUCUGGAGGCUGCUGGUGCAGCCGCUCGCAGAUCUUGCGGGCAACCAGGAGAUCCACAGCAGGAGAUGGGUCGUGGGACCAACCUCACCCAAACACAAACCCCCACCCCACCCCCCACCACUGCGUCUGUCUACUCUCAGAUGAAUGGCGGGCUGCCCAUCCCCAAUGGGCCACGCAUUAUUACUCCAGAUUCAUCGAGCGAGGAGGCCAGCAGCUCCACGCACAGCCACAAGACUUCCCGUACCUCUGGCACAAGAGAAAGAGUCCGCUUCAGUGACAAAAUUCUGUACCAUGCAUUGUGCUGUGACGAUGAUGAAGAGGAGGAGCAAGAGGAGUUACAAGAGGAUAAGAGUGGCUAUGCUACACCAGAUAGCGAUACUGAGCCCAGCCUCCUGGCCAGCUCAGUUGCCCCCAAACGUUCUUCCUCUGAGCACUCACUCCUCCAUAACUGUCUGGACCCUUCUUAUGUCUCCUCACCUGUGAAGGGGACGACAGGAGCUCACACACUACCCAGGAAAGGUCUCUUAAACCCCGGCUGCCGCAAAAAACUGUUACGAAAUAGCAGCACACAAACUGUCUCUGACAAGAGCACCCAAACUGUACUGCCCUAUAUUCCAACCAAACAGAAAACAAAGGACCACUGAGAAAGCCCGAAGUUUAUCGUAAAAUCUCAUGAAGGACUGUGCAUUAUUUAAUAUUAAAUACAUAGCUCAUAGAUUAAUACACAAAUAAAUU